AUGGCGGCGAGCAAGGAGACAGCAGCAGCGGCGACGAUCCACGGCCCGCGCGUCGAGGAGGUGCCAUCGACUAUGAACCUGCACUCCUACAUCUUCUCGUCGCCCUUUCGCUCGUGGCCCAACGACUAUCGCGUGCCCUUUACGCAGCCCAAUCCACGGCACUCGUUCGGGGGCAGUGCUGUGGCGCCCCACCGCCCGCUGCUCGUGGAUGCCUCGUCGGGCGCGACGCUGAGCUGGCAGCGUGUGCGCCACGACAGCCUGCGCGUGGCCCGGUCGCUCGAGUCGCUCGUCGGUGCGCCCAGCGCGUUUGAUGCCAGCCUCGAUGCCAUUCACCAGCCCCGUACCACGGUCCUCCUCCACCUGCCCAACUGCCUUGCGUUUCCUGUCCUCUUUCUCGGCGCCGUGGCGGCCCAGUGCACCGUCUCGCCCGUGUCGACGAUGCUCACGCCCGCUGAGCUGGCCAAGAUGCUCGCCAAGGCCCGGCCACAGGUCCUCGUCACCAGUGCUGGUCCCGCAGGUGAAGGCGUGCUCCGUGCCGCACUGCAGAUGCUUCUCGAUGAGGCGCUCAAAAAGGACGUCUGCGGGCAAGCCGACCCGCGCGAGGUGCUGGCGUGGGCGCGGGAGCUGGCCAGCAGCUGGGAUGCGGGUGCCCGGCUGAAGGUGCAGCGCGCCGAGACGCAGGCAUGGCGCGAGCGGCGGGUCUGGACAGUCAAUGUGCAGGCGUCGACGGACUACUACGGGACGAAUGCGCGGGGCACCGACAAGGUGGCCGCCCAGGUCGACCCGCGCGACUGGACCCACCUCCUCUUUGCGCCCCCGGGGCAUCGGCACACCUCGUCGGUCGAUGAGCUGACUCGGCCUGCAUUCAACGUCGCUGAGAUGAAGGGCCAGGGCGAGCAAGGAAAGCGCGUCGCACUCAUGCUCUGGUCCUCGGGCACCACUGGCACCUCCAAGGCUGUGCUCCUCUCCCACGAGGCCCUGAUCCACAACCUCGGCAGCCUCUGGGCCAGCCAGACGUCGCUCAACGCCGACGGCGAGGUCUGGGUCACCCUGGCGCCAUGGUGUCACGUCUUUGGGCUGGCGACGCUGCUGCUGCUCGGCAUCACGAUUGGCGCCACCCUCGUCGUGCCCUCGCCGUCGAGGCGCUUUGAUCUCGAGACCUACCUCGGCCUCGUGACCCGGUAUGGCGCGACGCUGAUGCACAUUGCCCCGCCCAUCGCCAUCGCCCUGCUGCACACGCCCCUCCUCGAGGACUAUGCGGCGCGGCGCAAGUCUGGCCAGGUCAAGGCAGUGUCGAAUGCGGCGGCGGCGAUGAACCUGUCGACGGUGCGCGCCCUCUUCUCUGGCGGCGCACCCACGCCGCCCCAGGUCAUCCGCGGUCUCUAUGAGCGCCUCGGCCUUCCUCUCCACCUCGGCUAUGGCACCACAGAGACGGCGUCUGUCUCGCAGACGCUUGGCGCCUCGUAUGCGUCGGACAGCGCGGCUCUGCAGGAGAUUGGCUCCGUCGGAGCAUUGUGCGGCGGUGUGCAGGUGUCGAUCCAACAGGACGGUGAUGCGGCGGCGGCGGCGGCUGAGGGGUACGAGGCCAGGCUCGCCGAGUUCCGGCGGCAGUGCGACGAGAAGCGCAGCAAAGGCAUCGAGGCGCCCAGCGGCGCGCGCACGCUCCCUGGCCAGGUCCGCGUGCGGUCGUCCAACAACAUGCUGGGCUACUACAGUGGGCUGGCCUCGUCUUCUGCCGCGUCGUGCAUCGAUGCCGGCCUGACGCGCGAGGCGUUCAGCGACGAUGGCCAGUGGUACCUGACGGGCGACGAGGGCGUCGUCGACAGGCACGGCAGCCUCUGGAUCACGGGCCGCAUCAAGGAGCUCAUCAAGGUCCGCGGCUUCCAGGUCGCCCCCGCCGAGCUCGACGAUGUCGUCUCGCAACGGCCAGACGUCGUGGCCGAUGUCGCCACGACGGGCGAGGAGGCGGCCAGCGGCCACGGGGAGGAGCGCAUCGUCGUCUAUCUGACCCUCAAGGCGGCCAACACGGCGACGGCGACGGUGAGGAGAGAAAGAAAAGACGAAGCAGCGACCGUCGAGGCGCUCCACGAGUGGCUCAAGCAGCGGCUCGCGCGGUACAAGUGGCCCGCGGCUUACGUUGUCGUCGAUGUGAUCCCAAAGAGCCCCUCGGGAAAAGUCGUCCGGCGCAAACUCAAAGAGGCAAUCGACGCGCAAGGCUCGAGCAGCAGCGUCCGGCGAUACGAGCCGGCGGCAGCAGCGACGGCGACGAAGCGAGACUCAAAGAUGUGA